AUGGCGGAGGAGGAGGACUAUUCGCAGCUACCUUUUCCAGACCGUUUCCAGCACAAGAAUUGGAAGGUGAGGAAGGAGGCAUAUGAGGCUGCUGCGAAGGCUUUCGAGGUGAGCCCCGAUGAGAACGAUCCAGUAUUCGAACCUUUCAAUUCCGACUCGAGUCUAUGGAAGGGUGCUGCAGGCGACAGCAAUGUGGCGGCUCAGCAGGAUGGUCUAGCUGCGUUAUGUGCCUAUUUGAAAUAUGGAAGCGUAAGAGGUGCUCAACGUUCACGAUCACAUGCCGUUCAGCCCAUCUAUGAGAAGGGCUUGACCUCCACCAGGCCUGUCGCGAAAGCCAACGCCUUUGAGGCUCUCCUUCUCUACGUCGAAGCCGACAAGCCCGAAUCGGUCAUCGAGGAACUCCUGCCUGCCCUGUCGAACAAGCAACCCAAAGUUAUUGCUGCAACACUCAAUGCUUUGACGCAGAUAUACCACAACUUUGGUGUCAAAAUCGUCGAUCCUAAAGCUGUCUUGAAAGUCUUGCCGAAAAUAUAUGGUCACGCAGACAAGAAUGUGAGAGCUGAGGGUCAAAGUUUGACUGUAGAGCUGUAUAGAUGGUUGAAAGAGGCUAUGAAACCCAUGUUUUGGUCCGACCUGAAACCUGUGCAGCAACAAGACCUUGAAAAGCUGUUUGAAAAAGUCAAGGAGGAGUCUUCGCCGAAACAAGAAAGGUUUACGAGAGUUCAACAAGCUCAGAUGGCCACUGCUCAUCAUGCUACCACCGAUGAUACUGCGGAUGGGGAAGCUAUACCCGCGGAAGCAGAGGUCGAGGAGGAGCCUGCCGACAUCGAUGCUUUCGAUCUAGCCGAACCUGUCGAUGCCGCUAGCAAGAUACCUGAUUCUUUCAAUGACAACAUAGCCUCUUCCAAGUGGAAAGACCGGAAAGAUGCCCUGGAUGAGUUGCUCAAGAUCCUAGAUACUCCACGUCUGAAAGAAGGUCCUUAUGAUGAUAUCGUCCGCGCGUUCGCAAAGAGCAUGAAAGAUGCAAACAUUGCUGUCGUUACCGUCGCUGCGAAUUGUGUGGAGAAACUAGCUCUGGGUUUGAGGAAAGGCUUUUCUAGAUAUCGAAGUCAAAUUAUGACUCCUAUGAUGGAGCGUUUGAAAGAGAAGAAGCAAUCUGUCGCGGAUGCUUUGGGUGCUGCCAUGGAUGCUGUUUUCCUCGCCACUUCCUUGUCCGACAACCUGCCCGAAAUUCUGGCUAUGCUUACCAACAAGAAUCCAAAUGUGAAAGGUGAGACAAUCAAAUUCCUUGUCAGAUGUCUUCGCACGACCCGCGAUGUACCGUCCAAGGAGGAGCAGAAGCAAAUAGCUGAGGCUGGCACUAAACUGCUUACCGAAUCGACCGAACAAAUGAGAGCUGGUGGUGCUGAGAUAAUGGGCACUCUUAUGAAAAUUAUCGGAGAGCGGGCUAUGGGACCACAUCUGGAUGGACUUGAUGAGAUAAGGAAAACGAAGAUAAAAGAGUACUUCGAUACAGCUGAAGUGAGGGCAAAGGAGAAACCAAAACCGAUAGCUGCCCCGAAGGCUGCUGCCGGUGGCAAGAAAGCUGCACCAGGUGCCAAAAAGGCUCCAUUGAAGAAAGCUGCUGCUGCUCCUCCCUUAGACGAUCCUGCUCCGUUACAGCCCAAGCCGACAGCAAAGGCGCCUCCGAAAACUGCAGCGCCAGCAAAGCCUGGCCUGGCGCAGCCUUCCAACUUGAAGCUAGGAGGUUUAAAAAAGACUGCAGUAUCUGGCGUAUCAUCACCACGACGGGUCAUUUCUCCAGCAAGUAUAGUCGAUGAGGACGAACCACCGCAGCCAUCACCUUCCAAGCUAGGUGCUGGUAGAGGGCUGACUGCACGAUCUCUCGCCAAGCCAUCAGUCAUGCCGGCCUCUCCACCCCCAGCACCAAGAGAUAAUGGCAUAAGUGUCGCCGAAAGAGCUGAACUCGAAGAUCUCCGCCUUGAAAGAGAGCGCCUUUUAUCGCUGGAGCAGACCCUUAGAGCCCAAAACAACAAGCUUUCAAAUCAAAUAUCUGAAUUGCAAAAUCAGAACGCUCAGUUGAUUGAAGACCACACCCGUGACGUUCUCCAGAUCAAAGCGAAAGAGACACAACUUGUCCGCGCGAGAGGAGAAUGCGAUAUUCUCCGAAGUGAGGUCGAGUCUAUACGGAAGGACAGUGAACGCUACAAGCGCGAAGUAAGCCGUCUAGGUCGGCAGAGUAUUGGCCGAGAUCGAGAUGAGAUGAUGCGUGGACGAUCACAGCCACAUUAUGACGACUCAUACAACAACACAGACGUCUACGAUGAAAAUCCACGAUACACGGUCUCUUCACCGCGACUAAAUGGCAACAACUCCAGUCGUCCUGACAGCGCCGCUUUCCAACGACCGGGUAGUACCACCUCGAAUGGCUCGAAUAGACCUCAAGCCCUCCCACGAUCACAAUCGAACUUAUCUGGCCUCUCCUCUGCGGAUGACCAUGGCGAAAAAGAAAAUACGAAUACAGGCGAUGCUCUCGCACAGGCAGCCAUGAGGCGGAAGAUCUCACCGCCUCUGAACACGACUUCUGCUGGGAGAAGCCCGCAGAGACCUGCUUCGGAUCGUACAGGAGCUAAUGGUGAGGGCGAGAGUUGGAAGCGAGCCGCUGAAGUGACGAGUCAAUUGAAAGCGAGAAUCGAGGCAAUGAAAGCAAGGCAAGGUCUCACAAAGGCGACCUAUUGA